UGGUGCCCGCGUUGGCAUGGAUAGCGGCGGAAAUUUGAAAGAAGAAUACCAUUUUGAAUAACACACACUGUGUCACUGUCAUCACUGUCACUGCCCUUCCUCACUCUCUUGCAUUGCCACCUUCUCCGUUCAACAGAACCACCACCUACUCCUCCAUGACUCUGUUAAGUUCAACAAUGGGAAGAAAUCUCAGCCCGGUCGUGCGGCAAGAGCUCGCGAAUCUUGACAAAGAUGCAGAUAGUCGCAAAUCCGCCAUGAAAGCCCUAAAGUCAUAUGUGAAAGAUAUGGAUUUCAAGGCUGUUCCUGUGUUUCUUGCAAAAAUUUCUGAGACAAAGGAAAUUCCAUUCACAAUUUCACUGUAUGAAGUUUUUGCUAGGGUUCAUGGUGUCAAGAUUGUUCCCUUGAUAGACACCAUCAUGGGAUCCAUUGUUCAGACCCUAGGUUCAAGUGGAGGGUCUUUCUCUCUUCAUCAGGCUUGCUCCAAGGUGGUACCAGCAAUAGCAAAAUAUGGGAUUGACCACUCAACCCCAGAAGAGAAGAAGAGGGGCAUAAUCCACUCUCUUUGCAAGCCUCUUUCUGAUUCUCUUUCAAGUUCACAGGAGAGCCUAACUUCCGGUGCCGCGCUUUGCUUGAAGGCUCUGGUGGAAUCUGAUAACUGGAGGUUUGCGUCGGAUGAAAUGGUCAAUAGGGUUUGCCAGAAUGUGGCUGUGGCAUUAGAGGGAAAAUGUAAGAGCCAAACGAAUGCACACAUGGGCCUGGUUAUGGCGCUGGCGAAGCGGAAUGCUUUGAUUGUUGAAGCCUAUGCAAGGUUGUUCAUACAAUCUGGACUAAGAGUACUGAAUGCCGGCCUUGCGGAGGGGAAUUCUCAGAAACGGCUUUCAGCGAUUCAGAUGGUCAACUUCUUGAUGAAAUGUUUGGACCCCAGGAGCAUAUUCUCUGAGCUCGAAUCGAUAAUUGAGGAGAUGGAAAGGUGUCAAUCUGAUAAAAUGGCAUUUGUCAAAGGUGCUGCGUUUGAAGCCUUGCAAAUUGCCAAGGAAAUUGCAAUUGGCAAGCCAAAGCAUGUUAAAAGUCCUGCUUCUGUUACAGGGUCAAAUUUAAGUAGGGAAGUGAAUACCUCCUCUGGUGAUGAAGAUCAUUCUCCUGCAUCAGUUUCACCAGAAUCACGCGCAUUGGACUUUUUGCCUGGAUAUGAAUCUGCUGUUGAGUCUCCCAUCUCAACCAACUUAGACUAUGAGCGAAGGAGUGUUAAUAGGAAGCUUUGGAGCAAUCAAAAUGGAGUGGUUAAUGUGUCUCUCAAGGACGGUUUGGCUUCAGCGGUGGGGCAAGAACGUGGUUUGUUAGAGCACUCUGUGAAUCAUGAGUUUUCUAAUGGAAGGAGAGAAUUAGCACAAGAGUUUUCUGGUUUCAUGGACAGAAAUCCUAUGCAUGGAGUAUCCAGAAGUACCACCACAAGUCCCCAAAGGUCACGCACACAGAUUAGUGUUGACAACAUUGAAAUAUUCACUACCCCAAGGAAGCUCAUUCACUCUCUUCAAGAUUCAAAUGACAUGAAUUUGGAUUGCUCCGAGAAACAGAACAGAAGGCUCAGGAGUCUAUCCUAUGGCAACAUUGACUGGAGCCGAACAUCGAAAUAUGACCAGAACUGUUUCUCAGAUCAGGUGAAGUGUGACUGUGGAGUGAAUGAAAGCUUAUGUGCUGAUGUGGAGUUCCAAGGUAGCUCAGAGUCAGUGUCAUCAACAAAUGACCUUCCAGGAGAUGCUGAUGUGAAAACGCCUUCCAAGAUGGUUCCUGAAAAUGGAAAUGCUAUGCAAUUACAAAAUCAUCACAUGGGAAAAGCACUUCAAAAGACUACAUUCAAAUUGGUUUGUGGUCUUUCAUUUACUCUUCUUGCAAUAGCCGCUCCUUUAAUCUGGAUCAAUAAUCAGGAUGAAGGCCACUAUCUUGUCCCAACAUAACAUGCAUUGCUCACUCUGAUGUGCACCCUUAGGAUUAAGAGCACUCUAGGUAUGAUUUUGUAGGGGUAGUUGCAAAUUCCAACAAUGUUGGAAAAUUCUAGGAAUGGUUCUCUUCCACUGAGCAUCUUCAUUGUGCUUUUGUUUUCCUGUAAAGAGUCUUUAAGAACUUUUGUCUGAAUUUUACUUUGUGUUGAGGUGGAAACUUGAAUACUGAAUUUGAAAUUUAAAAA